AUGCCUUCGACAUUACAGCCACCGCCAUCCGUCGAGGAGCUUGUACCGGUGGAUCCUUGCGCGGAAACACCUAUGGUGGCCUUAUCAGUCAUUGAGAGCAGUGCUUCGUUCAGAUUUGAACCAAACGUGAGCUAUCGCCUGCGAUUGGAUGGAUUGGACAUGGAAAGCUUGAAAUCGAUCAAAUGGAAGAUUGGAGAUCGUAUCAUCGCCAGCUACGAUCCUGCAAAACCAUGCCAUGAACAAGGGAUAGCCGUACAUGAGAACGGAUUCGAUCUAAUUCUCAUUGAACCAAACGAAACGCAAGUGGUCGGUGUCGUCAUUGAGGCGUUCACCGGAAAACACCGAUUCAGAAUACAUUUCUUGGUGGACAGGUACGUGACUGAACUAAUUGAAAAACCUAAAAAAACCCUCAGCAUUAUUCCUGCCCCGUCACGGGAUCCGCUGUUCCUGUGA